AUGUCUAUGCAAAUGCUAAUAACGCCCAAGAACAAGUACAAUCCCAAGCUACUCAAACAAAUCAAAAGGAUAAACAACUUGAGAGGCACACCAAAGAACAGUUAUAAAUUCGAUGCGUCAAAAUACAAAGAGCUUGAAUUGUUCAUAUAUCAACAACGUCCCUUCGUUUAUAAACCAGCAAAUGGAAUCAGGUAUUUUUGGAAAGAGUCAUUGCCUACAUUGAGGUACCACAAUCCAGAUGUCCAAUUCACUGUCACUAAUGUCACUGUUGAAAAUGAAGAAGAUUUACCAAAAUUACCUUUGAAAUUACAAAUACACGGUCAAACAGAGGAAAACAGUUCUGUAAUUGAUUGUGCUAGUAAGCCACCACAUCAAAUCUUUAGUGAAUUAAUCAAACUUACAAAUGCCAGAAAAUUAACAGAGGAAGAGAUCCCAAAGCUCCCACUUAGACCAGCUAAAAAAUAG